CCUGUACUGUGUCCGCAGUCUCUGGUCAUCUCCUGUACUAUAUCCGCAGUCUCUGGUCAUCUCCUGUAUAUGUCCGCAGUCUCUGGUCAUCUCCUGUAUUAUGUCUGCAGUCUCUGGUUAUCUCCUGUACUGUGUCCGCAGUCUCUGGUCAUCCCCUGUACUGUGUCCGCAGUCUCUGGUCACCUCCUGUACUGUGUCCACAGUCUCUGGUCAUCCCCUGUACUGUGUCCGCAGUCUCUGGUCAUCCCUGUACUGUGUCAGCAGUCUCUGGUCAUCUCCUGUACUAUAUCUGCAAUCUCUGGUCAUCUCCUGUAG